AUGGCAUCGGUGUGGUGGUUGGCUCCGUGUUUCCUGGCCGACAACAAGGGGCGCGAGGAGCGGCAGAGACCUCUUUGCAGUGACAGCCGUGUCGUGCGGGAGUCCACCGGUGCGGUGAAUGGAAGGACCUUCCCCUCGUUCAAGUCGCCGAUGCUUCUUUGCACGACCUCCGAGUCUCCGUGUCCUCCGUGUCCUCCAUGUCAUCCAUGGGCUCCCCCGUCCAGCGUGUCUUGCAAGUUGAGGCUGCUUUGGCUGCCCGUAUUGUUUGCCGUCGCUGCUUCACAGCGUCUUCUGGGCUCCAUCAAAUCCGAUAACGGCUCCCAGCGGUUCCCUUACCCUUGUCAGGACUGGGGAAACUUCAUCAUAACGGCCAACCCCCAACAGCCACCUACCAUCUCGUACCGACUCAUUACCACUACCUGUGCAACAGAAAUGGCGCUCUCUGCCAUGCCUCCAACAUCCUCUUUCACCAUGCCUGCCCGCUUUGCCAUUGAGCUCGAAAAGCUUGACCCCGAGGUCCCCUUCCGCGCCUCGCAAGCCCACGCCCACCACACAUGGGCCCGAACCUUCCAUUCUCGGCCUGAGCUCUACCUGCGCCCGCAAUCGCUGGCUGAGAUACAGAAGAUUGUCACAAUGGCACGGCGGAUGCGGCGUCGCGUUGUUCUGGUCGGUUCAGCGCACUCACCCUCUGAUCUGACAUGUACGUCGGCGUGGAUGGUGAACUUGGACGACUACAACCGCGUGCUGAAGGUGGACAAAGAGCGCAAGACCGUGACAGUGGAAGCUGGAAUACGCAUGCAUCGUCUGAAUCUUGCCGCAAGGGAGCAUGGUUUGACGAUGCCCUCGCUCGGCUCCAUUGACGACCAGUCAUUGGCUGGCGCAAUCGCGACAGCGACACACGGGAGCUCCUUAUGUCAUGGACUCCUAUCUGAAAAUGUGCUUAGCCUUCGUAUCGUUCUGGCCAAUGGACAAACCGUCAAAUGCUCCCCAACGCAAUCCUCAGACUUGUUUCGUGCGGCCUUAGUAUCUCUCGGCGCUCUUGGGAUUAUUGUAGAAAUCGAGUUCCAGAUGAGGGAGGCCUCCAACCUGGAAUGGGUGCAGACCAUCUUGCCGAUCGAAGACGUACUCUCCAAGUGGGAUCAUGAUCUAUGGACUUCCCACGAGUUUGUGCGCGUGUGGUGGCUACCGUACAUGCGGCGUGCUAUUGUCUGGCGAGCUAACAGGACGACCUCCCCUCCUCGACCGCCCAAAUCCAACUGGUACGGCAGUAACGUCGGCUACCACACGUAUCACAUCCUUCUCUGGAUUUGUCAAUAUGUGCCGCGUUUCUUACCGUGGGUCGAGUGGUUCGUUUUCGGAAUGCAGUACGGCUUCAAGACGGGCGCUGCCACAUCUGCUGUAGAAGAGCAGCGGACUGGCCUGCUUAUGAACUGCCUCUACUCACAAUUCGUCAACGAGUGGAGCAUCCCGCUCUCACAAGGUCCCCAAGCACUAACCCGGUUGACCAGAUGGAUCCACGGUGAUGAGCAUGGCUCCGGAAUACCUUUCAGCCCAAAGGGGGUAUUUGUACACUCGCCCAUCGAAGUACGUGUGACUCAUGCCACGAGGACCAUGCGCCCAUAUCUUGACACUUCGGUUCCUGGCUCGCCCAGUCUGUACCUGAACGCCACCUUGUAUCGCCCAUACGGCCAAGAUCCUCCUGCGCGGCAGCGAUAUUAUGAAGCCUUCGAGCACCUGAUGAAGGAGUACAAUGGUCGACCCCAUUGGGCGAAGAAUUUCCAGUCAGUGGACCACGCCUACUUAUCAUCCGUCUAUGGAUCCGACUUGGAUGAUUAUCUCCGCGUCCGCAACGAAGUUGACCCCGAAGGCAUGUUUCUAGGUGCUUGGCACCGGCGCACGAUCCUACCACCUAGAGCCGAAAUGCCCGUGUUUCCUCUUGAGGAGAAGGAAAUUGUGAGAAGGGAGCGCAGCAGCGGCGGCACAGACUGGGUGGGAGAACAAGCAAGGUGGUGGGACGGUGGUGCGGAUGUCUUUAUGAAGACGAACACGGCCAGGAGUGAGAGUGAGGAGAGCUUUGACCUGAUGGCUGGCGCGGAGGCGGAAGCCAGCGUGCUUCUGGGAAGUCUUCGUGAUGAUACAGACAGCGAAGACGUUGAAAGGCGGCUUCACGAGACUAGUGCCGGACGUAGUAACUUCGAAAAGAUGUAAACUGGCUCGGGGAGCUGAUGAUAUCCUUGAUAUAUGGUUGAUGGGGCCACAUCUUUCCAUGAUACUCGUGGCGUGGGAUUAUCACAACACUCAUGAUUUGUACAGGGUUAGCUGCCGUGAUUCAGCAAGCGUUCACUAGUAAGUUGGGUAAAGGACCGAGAUGCAUUCGAAAUGCAGAAACCGUUUCAUCUAAUCUUCCCAGCUGCAUAAUAUCCGUUAUUCAUGCACGCAUCAAUCCAUUGUACAUGUAGAUCCCCCGCAUUCCACCAGCUCCCCAGCGCCUGCACAUACCCGGCACUCUUACACCCUCAAACGACGUCUUCCACGUUUUCC